AUGGGUGGCGUAGAUCUUUGUGAUCGCAUGCUUAGCUUCUAUCGUAUGUCAAGCAGGACCAAGAAGUGGACAUCGCGAGUGAUCAGUCACUUCUUUGAUGUUGCCAUCACCAACUCCUGGAUACAAUACCAGUCUGACAGCAAAGCUCUGCACAGACCAUCCAAGAACACACAUCAGUACCUGGACUUCAAACUACUCCUAGCUGAGGAGCUGUUGGAGAGUCCGGAACUGGAAAACAGCUGUGAAGAGAGUGAGGAUGAGUAUGAGCCACCAUCUAAAAUGAGGAUCCCACAACCAGAGCCAUCUGUGCGCAGACUAGGAGCCAUGCACAUGCCUGAGAUGAUGGAUACCAAGCAUGCAGAAAGAUGCAGAAAUAAGGGCUGCAAGAGCAAGACGUACAUGAGAUGUACCAAAUGCAAGAUGUUCCUCUGCAUUACCAAAAAGAGAAAUUGCUUCCAGGACUUUCACCACUAA